UAUCCGCUCUGCUAUCCGAGGAGAAACUCCGCCGCACGUGGAAUCCAGAAGAGAAAAAACGUGUUACCUGCAAAUUUUACGUUUUUUCUCGAUAUAAUACAACUUCUUUGAUAUAUUUUGAAGCUUUAAAACACGCUAACGUCGAGAUGUUCCUGCAGUUUUACGAAAACGAGGGCGGAGACAGAGUCUACACUCUGAAGAAGAUUUGUCCCGCUGGGCAGCCCACCAGCUCGGCCCACCCGGCUCGCUUCUCCCCGGACGACAAGUUCUCCCGACACCGCGUGACGGUGAAGAAACGCUUCGGCCUUCUGCUCACCCAGCAGCCCAGACCGAUUCUGUGAGAGGUGGAAGGACGGGGGUCAGACCGAGAGGUGGAGCGCUGCAGGCGAAGAUGGGACUGUAAAGUAAAACAAAACAACAACAAAAAACACAAUUUAUGAACAUUCAGCAUCGAUUUGUCCUCCGUUUCAUCCAAAUUUAGCGGGCUGUACUUGUGUUGGAUAUCAGUCAGUGAUGUCAAGGAUCUUCUUUUUAUGUACCGUACUUUGUUGACAUUCAUUUAAGGAUGAUGUCAUAAUUUUGUUUUCAUAUGGAAUAAAUGUUUGGCUGAUGGUUUUCUGUCGGUCGUCUCUGUG